UAAUCACGACAGCAGUUACAUCCCUUUGAUCAACGAUCAAAAGCGCACCUGUUUCUGCAUGUAUUCAGGUUCUUGGUUAAAGAGGGCGCUUGUGAACGCGUGUCUUUUAAAAACAAGUCUUUUGUGGUGGUGGAGCAUUGAGCGUAAAGAUGUUGAAACGGAAAGUGGAAACAGCUGAAUCCAAAACUGCAAAGAAAAAGAAACAAUCACCUGCCCUUAAAACAGAGUCUUCUAAGAAAAAUGUACAAAAGAAACAAAAGGUGAAGAAAAAUGUUAAGACAGAUGCAGACACAAUGGAGGAAGGAGGGAAGACAUCUCCAUACCCCAAGCUGAUAGAUGAGGACACAAAUGUGGAGAGUGAUGAAAAGAUUGAGUUCACAGCUAGUCUUCCAACGCGUAACAGCAAAGGGCAGCUGGUAUUUGCUGGAGUUCCAGAGUUCCGACCUAAUAUGACUCCUAAAGAAGUUAUGCACGCUGGCAGUUUUGGAGGAACCUAUUUUCGACCAAUCAAAUCUGGUGCUACAAAAAAGAGCUAUUCAGGUGUGUGGAAGGAGCUUCCCAAGGACUGGUUGCAAGGACUCAACAUAGGACAACAGCUGUCGUCAUCAACAUAUGAUGAGAAAGUCAACACAUACAAGGUAAAGUGUGGUGGCAGUCUGGACAUGUGGGAGUCAAGUGGCUGGAUUCAUAAACAAGACCCUUAUGGCUGGUUCCAGUGGUACUGUAGGUUUUAUCAAGGAGGCCGGACAGAAGAUGACAAGCGUCAGAUUGGGAGGUGGUUGAGGUGUGCAGGCACAACGGGACGAUGGCGGAACAAUCUCAUCUCCAAGUGUGUGAAGAGUGGGUGUGGCUAUGACAACCACAGCAUCUCCCCGGUAGUCCGACAGACUCUACAGCACUGGGGGUAUAAACUCAAUAAGGAGGAUUUCGAUGCAUAUGCAAAAAAGAAACGUCUUUUGUGAGAUGAUAUGUGAAAAUCUUCCUGGUUUGACUGACUGAGUAAAAACAGUAAGAGGGGCACUCUACCUUCAUACACAGGAAAUCUGCUCAAAAUACUCAACUUGAUAUCAACACUCAGGGAAUGUUGUUGGGGUGCCUUUGUGAGCAAUGAGUUACCUCCCCAUUGAUGUGCAAUUCCAGAAACCUAUGGGUGUAACAGUGACAGUUGCAGCUUCAAAAACACUAGGGCAAGAAAAAUGUGCACCCUACAUGACGUUCUUGUGGUUUGGAUUCUCCCUCAAUGUUGCCUUAGAUAUUUCUUUCCAGAAGAGAUCCAAAAUAUGUUUAAGAUGUCUUUUGUCAUGUGUUUGAAGCAGAUACAGGUACCUUAUUGCAGUCUUUUACUAUAGAAAGACGUUUUUAGUAUUCCUUUUUAUUCAAAUAUAGAAACUCAGGUUAAACAUGACAUGUGAUUCAUGGUCUAAAUGCUGUUAUUCACAGGGGCUUGUAACGAAAAAAACUGGCGUCAAGGUAUAUAUUGUCACUGAUGGAGUCUUAACACUAGAUAUAAGGACUUUUGUACUGUGUUAAGACCCCGUCAGUGACAGUAUAUAGCUUGCUUUACAAGCCCCUGUGCUGUUAUUACUGUAGUAACUGUCAUGUUGUGUUUGAUACUCCUGCAGAUUUUGUUUGUUCACAGUUAAAUUUAUGAAUGCUUCUGUAUCCAGAGGGGUAUUUGGUAAAGAGUUAUCCCAACACAGGUGAAUAGACAAUCGAUGGUUGACAUGACAACAACUUAAUAUGAAUGAAUACCUGUAUCAGAUUAUGAAUAAUUAAGUCUCUAUUACUCCAGACAUUGGAAGUUGUAAGUUGUUGACAUAAUCAUACAAAGAAAUUAUGAGUUCUUUCUUCUCUCCUCAAAACCUAUUCUUACAAACACAGUAACUGUGUAUGGAUGCAGCCUUUCUUCACUGACAUUGUGAACCAUUCGACCAUAGUGUGUGGUAUAGGCCCCAUAAUGCAACAAACAUACUGGGGAAAAUGCACUUCACUCAAGGAUAUGAAAAAACCCACAAAUCUCAGAUAUAUGAAACCUGUACUUUAGAUAUGCACCCAAAUUACCAUUACGAUGAGGCCCUGUCAGUAUUUCCAUAAUGCUAAUUUGUUUCAUAUACUUAUCUUUCUUAUUGUCCAACUCCAGUUCUGAACCAUUUUGCUUUUUCCUUAGCACUGAAUUUUGCUAUGAGCAAUUAAAAGGCAAAGCUGACACGUUUUUACAGUUUGAAUGCAUGAAUGGAUGGUCAUUAGGAUCUGCUAGCAAAGCUCAGCACAACUUUGCUGGAUUCUU